CGACGCCCGCGGGGAGCGAGCAAGGGAGGAAAGCAGGCAAGCAGGCCAUGCACCUGCCCGCACCUGCCGGCUAGCCGUCGCCUCUCUCUGUCUCUGUCUCUCUCCGCCCGGGGCUGCAGCUGCUGCAAGGGGGCCCCCCCAUGGGAAGGGGCCGGCCCGGGCCCCGCCUGCCUGCUCCCUGCUCGGGGAUGAUGCCUCCUUGAAGCCAGCAAGCCCGGCCGGGAGGAGGAGGAGGAGAAGAAGCAGCAGCAGCAGCUGAGCCCGCCUUGACCUUGCUCGGGACGCCCGCUUUGCAACCUGUUGGCCGCAUCUGCGAGGAGGAGGAAGAAGAAAGAGAGAGGGAGAGAGAGGGGAGGGGGGGUCUCUCCUCUCUGCCGCCAGGCCGCUGCCCAACCGGUGCAGCCCCUCCAUCCGUCCCUCCAUCCAUCCUUCCCUCCUUCCCUCCAUCCAUCCUUCCCUCCUUCCCUCCAUCCAUCCUUCCCUCCUUCCCUAUUCCUCCAUCCAUCCAUCCAUCCAUCCUUCCAUCCGUCCCUCCAUCCAUCCAUCCAUCCAUCUUCAUUCCUCCAUCCAUCCCUCCAUCCCUCCAUCCAUCCAUCCAUCCAUCCAUCUAUCUUCAUUCCUCCCUCCAUCCCUCCUUCCAUCCAUCCCUCCAUCCCGGAGCACCAGGGGCUUCACUUGACUGGCUGGCACAGGCUUCAUUUGCUUCCCCCCCACCUCCUUUUUCAAAGGGUCUCCCUGCAGCAGCAGCAGCCCCCCCCGCUUCCUCUUGACGGGAGGGGGGUCCUGAAAUGGAUGCCCGGACGGACUGCAGCCACCCCUCCUCCUUUUGAUGUGACCCGCUGCUGAGGACUUCCGCUCACCUGCAUCCUUUCCUUCCCUCCCCCCCGCCCGCCACAAACACAGACACACCUGAGAUUUGGCAAGGAGCCAGACUCUGCGACCUCCCCCUACCCCUCCAUCCCUUAACCGGGACAGGUGAUGGGGUUCCCGCUGCAUCCGGAGGGGAUGCCCGGCGCCCCCCUGCGAGAUUAAGCCCAUCGCCGUGGGUCAAAGCAGACACGGACGGACUGUCCCGCUUAACGACAUGGAGACCAAAAUCCCGCCGGCCGUCACUCCGACCAGCCCUUCGUCGCCCGGGCUGUCUCCGGUACCGCCGCCGGAUAAAGUGGACGGUUUCUCCCGACGGUCGCUACGCCGCUCCCGCCAGAGACGGUCGCACAGUUCUUCCCAGUUCCGAUACCAGAGCAAUCAGCAGGAGCUGACACCUCUCCCCCUGUUGAAAGGGAAAGACCAGAGCUCUUGGGCAUUGCCAACAGAAGUGCAUACAACUGUCAACAAUGUUGGAAAUCCAGCAGGUCGUGGGAAGGAUGCCUUUCUCCAAAACCUUGCCAAUGCUCUCUUUUUCUCUUUCGCCCUCCUCCAGCUGCUAGAAUUGUUCGACAGCGAAGACCCCAGGGAACGUGAAUACCUCAAGACCAUCCUUCACCGGGUUUACGGCAAAUUCCUGGGCCUCCGGGCGUAUAUUCGCAAGCAAUGCAAUAACAUUUUUUUGAGGUUUAUCUACGAGACCGAACAUUUCAACGGAGUGGCUGAAUUAUUGGAAAUCCUUGGGAGCAUCAUCAACGGCUUCGCGCUGCCCUUGAAGGCGGAACACAAGCAGUUCCUGGUGCGGGUUCUGAUCCCGCUACACUCCGUCAAAUCGCUCUCCAUUUUCCACGCCCAGCUGGCCUACUGCGUGGUCCAGUUCUUGGAGAAAGACGCCACGCUGACCGAGCACGUGAUACGGGGCCUGUUGAAAUACUGGCCAAAGACUUGCACUCAAAAAGAGGUGAUGCUCUUGGGGGAAAUUGAGGAGAUCCUGGAUGUGAUCGAGCCCUCGCAGUUCGUGAAGAUCCAGGAGCCGCUCUUCAAGCAAGUGGCGCGAUGCAUCGCCAGCCCCCACUUCCAGGUGGCCGAACGGGCGCUCUAUUUCUGGAACAACGAAUACAUCCUGAGCCUGGUGGAGGACAAUUGUCACACGGUGCUGCCCACCAUCUUCGGCACGCUCUACCGCGUCUCCAAGGAGCACUGGAACCCGACUAUUGUGUCCCUGGUCUACAACGUCCUCAAGACCUUCAUGGAGAUGAACGGCAAGCUCUUCGAUGAACUCACUGCCUCCUACAAGGUGGAGAAGCAGCAGGAACUGAAGAAGGAGAAGGAACGCCAGGAGCUCUGGAGGCAUCUGGACGAACUUCAGCUGCAGAAGCUCCAAGGCUUGGAAGAAGCCAAGAUGAACCGCUUGAAUUUGCAACGCACCCUAGCCAGCUAGGAGCCCCUCCUCCGCCCCUGGAAGUGACACCCCCACACCCACCCUCGUGGGCGGUGGGAACGGUCCACCCCUCCCAGGCCGAGACAGCUGGUUCUCCUCCCCACACCCCUCCACAUCGUGUGCCGAGUCGGAUCUCCCGUCCUCGGCUGCCCCCCACCGCGAGGCCAGCCGGAAAACCGAAGGAUGAGAGUUUGGGGGGCCGGGCAGUGGAGGGGGGGGGGCUGGGCUGCGAUGCCCCCCCUCCUUUCCUAAAACUGAUGGGCCUGUAAAUAAUAGGGGAGCCACAAUCUUGCAAAGACAAUUUGGGGGGGGGGGGGGAAAUGACUAACCAGGGUUUGUGGGUAGGUGAGGUGGAACGGGAGAAUUGGAGUGCAAUACCCGACGGGGAGGCAGGGGGACAGUGCUUCUCCCCCUCCCGCGGUCCUCCGGGGCAGGGAAAAUGCAGCCCCCCCCCCACUUAGUAGUGCAGCCCCUAACUCACGGCUGUAGAGCCCCUCCUUGCCCCCUAAGCCCCCACGCUUCCUUCCCCAAAGGGCCAAUCUCCUCGUUUGCGGGGUGGUGGGGGGCAUGCCCUGCCAUGGAAGAAGGGGGUGCCGCCCCGGGAGAGGCCCUGUGUGGUGGUGGGCUUGUGUGGAGAAAAAAAAAAUUGCUCCCCCCCCUCCCCAGCAGUUUGUUCGUGUGGGUUUGCAGUUGUGUCUGGCUGGUUGUGUGGUUGUGCACGCGAGAGAGAGAGGUUGCAGGCGGUCUUCACUAUGUCCUCUGCAGCUCGGGGGGGGGGGAGAGGGGAAGGGGGGCAGGGCACAUGGGGCAGUGAGGUGUCUGUGUGUGCCCCCUUCGGUUUUGUGUUCCUCAGAGGGUUUCAGAAACACACAGACACACACACACAGGGUCAGAGCGAAGGAAAGUGUGCACAUUGCGAGGGCCAAAGUAAGCGUACUUCAGUUCUCCACCUCUUCCUUUCUCCUUUCUCCUCCUUCUCUUUCCUCCUCCUCCUCUUCUCCUCCUCUUUCCCUAGCUGCCUUCCUCCUCCUCUUCCUUUCUCUUCCUCUUCUCUUCCUCCUCCUCUUCUUUUUCUCUUUCUCCUCCCUUCUCCUUCUCCUCCUGUUCCUUCCUCCUCCUCCUUCUCUUUCCUCCUCCUCUCUUCCUUUCUCUUCCUCUUUUUCUCUUCCUCCUCCUCCUCCUCCUCCUUUUUCUCUUUCCUCCUCCUCCUCCUCUUCCUUUCUCUUCUCCUCCUUUCUCCUCCUCCUCUUCUUUUUCUCUUUCCUCCUCCCUUCUCCUUCUCCUCCUGUUCCUUCUUCCUCUUCCUUCUCUUUCCUCUUCCUCCUCUUCCUUUCUCUUCCUCUUUUUCUCUUCCUCCUCCUUCUCCUCCUUUUUCUCUUUCCUCCUCCUCCUCUUCCUUUCUCUUCCUCCUCCUCUUUCCUCCUCCUUUCUCCUCCUCCUCUUCUUUUCUUUCCUCCUCCUCUUCUCCUCCUCUUCUUUUUCUCUUUCCUCCUCUUUUCUCCUCCUUCUCCUUUCUCCUCCUCUCCUCUUCUGCUCUUCCUUUUCUCUUUCCUCCUCCUCCUCUUCCUUUCCUCCUCUUCCUUUCUCUUCCUCUUUUUCUCUUCCUCCUCCUUCUCCUCCUCCUUUUUCUCUUUCCUCCUCCUCCUCUUCUUUUUCUCUUUCCUCUUCUUUUCUCCUCCUUCUCCUUUCUCCUCCUCCUCCUCUUCCUCUUCUUCUGCUCUUCCUUUUCUCUUUCCUCCUCCUCCUCUUCCUUUUUCCUCCUCCUCUUCUUCCUCCUCUGCCUCCCUUCUCUCUCCUUCCUCCCCUUCCUCCUUCUCCUCCCUGGGCUCCUGACCUUGGCGGAAGACAUAUUUGCUGGAUAGGACAACUCAAAGGCGUUGCAGCAGGCUCUCUGCCUAUCUCGCUUGGUGUGUGUGUGUGUGUGUGUGUGUGUGUGUGUUUGCGUGAGUGCCCGUUGUGCGUGUUGAGUACGCAGGAGAGUCAUUCUCAGCCACCAAAAUCUCAUCGCAGGAGGACAAUGCAGGAAACCCAGCGCAGCAGCCUCUCAAGUGGUCCUUGCUGGGGAGGGCGGGAGAAGGAUGCUCAUAAGAACCCCUGGGAAGCAAAUGGAUUCCUUUCUCAGCAUCUGGCUUGGGUUGCUCAGAGACACCGAACAUCUGGAAAGCUACCCGAAGUGGGUUUCUUCAUCCCCGCUGCACCUGCAUGGGGACCGAGCGGAGAAGCAUAAAAAUAAAAAACACCCUAAUUUUUAUAGCUCCCAGUUGGAACUGCGAGGUCCUUGGUGCUCUCUGAGCUUGGUGCUUCUCUUGCAUACGUGUCACGAUCCAACUAGGUCACAUCGAUGCUAGUCAAUCAAUCGGAAUAGAGCCGGAAGGGACCUUGGAGGUCUUCUAGUCCAGCCCCCUGCUCAAUUGUACCAUUUCCUAAGACAAGUGGCUGUCGAGUCUCUUCUUAAAAACUCCAGCGAUGGAGCACCCACAAUUUCUGGUGGUAAGCUGUGGUUAUAGAAUAGUAUAGAAUAGCAGAGUUGGAAGGGACCUUGUAGGUCAUCUAGUCUGACCCCCUGCUCAAGCAGGAGAACCUAUACAAUUUCAAAGACAGUCUCAAAACCUCCAGCGAUGAAGCACCCACAAUUUCUGGUGGCAAGCUGUUCCACUGGUAAAAUUGUCCUCACUGUUAGGAAGUUUCUCCUUAAUCCCAGGUUGCUUCUCUCCUCGAUUAGUUUCCAUCCGUUGUUUCUUGUCUUCUGGUGCUUCGGAGAAUAAUUUGACCCCCUCCUCUUCUUUGGGGCAGCCCCUCAAAUACUGGAAUGCUGCUAUCAUGUCACCCCUAAUUCUUCUUUUCUCUAGACUAGCCAGACCCAAAUCCUGCAGCUGUUCUUCGUAUGUUUUAGUCUCCAAGCCUUUUAAUCGUCUUAGUUGCUCUUCCCUGCACUUUUUCGAAAAUCUUAACAUACAAAAGUAUGAAGGCUAUUGCUAAACGCAUUGUAAGCCGCCCUGAGUCUCCGGAGAAGGGCGGCAUAUAAAUCGAACCCACAAAUAAAUUGAUCCAAUCUUUUUUUAUAACGUGGGGACCAAAACCGGACGCAGUAUUCCAGCUGUGGCCUUACCAAGGCUUUAUAAAGCGGUACUGCAUGUAAUUUUGAUUCUAUGCCUCUUUAUGCCACCAAGGAUUGUAUUCGCUUUUUUUGGCUGCUGAUGGCACUGAGGAUGUUACCUCCUUGGGUCGUGAAACGUCUUCAGGAAAACAAGCAAGCUCAGAGAGCACCAAGAGCCUUGAUAGUACAGUGGUUUAAUGCACCCUGUUAUUAAGACCAGCUGCCUGCAAUUACUGCAGGUUCGAAUCUUACCAGGCUCAAGGUUGACUCAGCCUUCCAUCCUUUCUAAGGUAGGUGAAAUGAGGACCCAGUUUGUGGGGGCAAUAAGCUGACUUUGUAUAAAUAUACAAAAGGAUGAAGGCUAUUGCUGAGCGCAUUGUAAGCCGCCCUGAGUCUCUGGAGAAGGGCGGCAUAUAAAUCAUUUUUUUUUUAAAAAAAGGGCCCCUCAACCCUAAGUGCCACACUAUGGCGGCAACUGGCAUAGUAUCUUCUCUCCCACCCCCCCAGGACACUCCUCGGGAUGGAAGGAAGCCCCCAGGUCCCCUAUUCCAACCCCCUGCUUUAGGUAGAAUCCAGGAGAGCAUCUCUGAAAAGAGGGGGCUCCAGUCAAAGACCUUUAGCCAAGGAGAACUUUCCACUUCAUGUGGCAGACUGUUCCACAGGCUGCCGUUCUAUACAAUUCCUUCCAAAUCCGGAUUUCUUUGAACCGUAGUUUAGUCGUGCGGUGGCGCAGUGGUUAGAGUGCGGUACUGCAGGUUAGUUAUGCCGGCUGCCUGCAAUUUGGCAGUUCGAAUCUCACCAGGCUCAAGGUUGACUCAGCCUUCCGUCCUUCCGAGGUGGGUAAAAUGAGGACCCAGAUUGUUGGGGGAAUAAUAUGCUGACUCUGUAAACCGCUUAGAGAGGGCUGUAAAACACUGUGAAGCGGGAUAUAAGUCUGCUAUUUUCCUUCCUUCCUUCCUUCCUUCCUUCCUUCCUUCCUUCCUUCCUUCCCUGUUAGAAUGCAAUAUUGCAGGCUAACUCUGCCCACAGCCAGCAGUUCGAUCCUGACCGGCUCAAGGUUGACUCAGCCUUCCAUCCUUCCGAAGUCGGUAAAAUGAGGAGACCCAGAUUGUUGGGGGCAGGAGGCCGACUCUGUAAACCGCCUAGAGGGGGCUGUAAAAGCACUGUGAAGUGGGAUAUAAGUCUUAAGUGCUAUUGCUAGUGGUGUAGGGUUUCCUGCCUAAGCAGGGGGUUGGACUAGAAGACCUCCGAGGUCCCUUCCGACUGUUAUUCUGUUCUUCUUCCAAAUUAACAAUUUUCUCUCCUUUCUUUGCGUGUUUGUGUGUGUGUAAGAGUAUGUGUGAGGGAGAUGAGUGCGAGGUGAAAGACCCCUCCUCUCCCCUCCCACUAGGUAUGAUCACCUCAACACAGUCUUGGUACCCAAAAACAGACCCUCGGUGGGGAUGCGGGGGGUGGGAUGGGGAAAGGGCACACGGCUUCCAUUGCAGUUUAUUUUUUAGUAGGCCACUCGGAUCGGAUUCUUCUCCUAUAUAAUCGGAUUUAGUAAUACCCCACCGGUGUAGUUUUCACAGGAGAAGACACCCCCCCCCCCAAAGCACUUGGAAGGGAGGGCCUCCAAGGGUUGAUGGUGGUGGUUGAAGUGGGGCUGGCAGGGUAAACCUGGGGAGGGGGCUGCAAGAGAGAUAUUUUGUGGGGGGAGGGUGCGAGUGGGAGGGGGGGUCGAGUCUAUUUAUGAACAGUUUCCUGGAUCACGAACCUUCCCUCUUCCCCGUCUUCCUUUUGCUGGACGACUCUGUAUUCAAUAAAGAGAAAAUUUCAUGUCACAA